UGCUGGAACAGAUGGAGUUAUUUCAUGUCAAACCUUGUUUUUCUGUUUGUUAAAUGAUUCAGGUUCCUACAGAAAGUCCAUACAGCUGAAGAUCACAUAAAGAGUGUCUGUGUGAACAGCUUCUGAGAGCUUUCUGGGGGUUUUUCCAGCUUUGACUUGGCCUGAUGGUGGUGAAGUGAACUUCUGAGCCUGGGCUAUGGAGUGCAUUCCGAGUUGUUGGACAGGAAUAAAGCUUUUGCCUGUCUGUGUGCUCCUGCUGCUGAUAAAUAAAGUGUCUCUGCUGGAGACUGAAGCUGUUGUAGGACAGAACAUCACCUUACCAUGUUCAAACACUGAUGAGGCACUGCAGAGCAGAGUCACUGUGUUCUGGAGAUUCGGAGACAGCAGGACUGUGUACGACAUCAUCGACAGCAGGGCAUCGUUUGAUGAACAGGAUGCUUCAUUCAUAGGCAGAGUUGAAAGUUUUCCAGCCGAGUGGACGAAAGGAAACUUCUCCAUCUCACUCAGCAAUGUGCAGAAGGCCGAUGGAGGACUGUACACCUGCUUCAUUCCUGAUAUCAACAAACAAAUGAGAGUACAGCUGAUUGUUAAAGAUUUUCCUGUUUUGAGACAUGUACAAACCCCAGUAAACCAGGAUGUUAAAAGCAGACCACCGGACCUUCUUCUUUUUUCAGCAACUCUGUUGGGAUUUGCCUACCAAUCCACUACUUGACUUUAAUUAUAUAUAAAUCACUGAAGGGCUUCAUGCUUCAGGUAUUUAAAACCAAAAGUCCUCUCUAAUCACUAGGGACUGGUCAGUCAGUAGUGGCCAAUAUCAGAGCCAAACAAGGUGAAGCAGCCAGAUGAUAUCACGGUGGCGUGGUGGGUAGCACUGUCGCCUCACAGCAAGGAAGGCCUGGGUUCGAUUCCCCGGCCGGGCGACCGGGGUCCUCUCUGU